UUUACGUUCAGUCCUCGCGGCUCCGAGCCUGAGCUCUCCAGUCUCCAUAGCGCAGAUCCCGCCCGACACAGCCGGAAGACCGCCCGACUCUCCUCCUCCACCGGACCGAGUGGAACCGGUUCAUUUGAGUGAGAGUGCGAUGAGGAGAAGUUUCAGAGUGUGAGGCCAUGGGCUGCACCUCGGCCAAGCAGGUGUCGGCCGUGCCCAGCGAUGAGGAGGGACGCGGCAAGGCCUACAGCAACGGCGACGUCUUCACCGACGAAUACAAGAAGGGAGUGGAGGAGGUGAAGUACAUGAGAGGGGAUGAAAACCGAGUGAAUGCACGCAACCAGGAGAACCUGGAGAAGAGUAAUGUCCAGCACAAAGGCAAACAUCAGAAAGAGGUUCCUGCACCAAACAUCAAAUCCAACAUUCACACGUCAGAAAGCCAGCAGGAAUUUUUCAGGAUGCUGGAUGAGAAGAUUGAGAAGGGACGAGACUACUGUUCGGAGGAGGAGGAGGAGGAAGAUGGGACAUAGCACAGAGGCCCCCAGGAGUCACCCCCACAGAGAGCCUCACCGUGUGUGUGUGUGUGCGUGUGCGUGUGCGUGUGCCUGAGAGAGCGCUAAAUCAGUGUUUGACCAAUGGGGUGUUGACAGGACACUUUAUGUUGGUAUGAUUUUGUGAGUUGUUGAACAUGUGGCAAAGAUAAUACUUUAAAUACAAGCGAAAGAGUGGGGGAUGCUUGAGACAGAGAGAGAGAAUGGCAUAAAGAAAACUUUCUUCAGAGACUAUACACAGCCCUCCUUACUUAGCGCCUCACCCCUUCAGGCCCCGGGUGGACAGAUGGAGGUGGCGAGGGAUGAAGUGACAGGCAGAUGAAAGGAGGGAGGGAUGGAGGAUGACGCGGUGACGGAUGUGCACACAUCGCGUGAACUCGCCUCUGACGGGUUGGGCACGGCCGUUUCCUCGAGCUGGAUAAAGGCGGCUUCGCAGGCCUCCAUCUGUCCUCCUGUCUGUCCUCCUGUCUGUCUGUCUAUAUUUAACCCCUGCAAUUGGACAAAAGAACUUCCCAAAUACGGAGGCCCAGGAAGGAGGAACAUGUUGGUGGGUGUCUCGAGAUGCACGAGUGGAGAAGAAAGAGCGCAGGGAAGGAGAUAUCUAACACUACCAGGAUCCACACUGAACUCUUUGGCCUGCCUGGCUACAGUCAGGCUGGCCUGGGCCGCGGCAGCCUGAGAGAACGGGUGAGGGAGGAAGAGGGAAGGCGGAGAAAGGGGGGAAUAUUUUGGGGAUAUUUUAAUAAGAGAGAAUAUGGAGCGAGCUGGUGAUUUGAAACUCAACUCCUCCUGCCUUGAAGUCAAGGACCCUGUUUUUGUUUUUUGUUUUUGUUUUUUAUUCUGUUCCAGCCAAUCAUUCACUCAAGCCCUUCCCUUCCAUGAUGUUCUUUUCUUCAGUUUGUUUUACUCUUGGCUUCCAUCGUAGUGUAUCCUCAUCAAAACCAUUAUCGCCCUCACCGCCACAGCAAUCAGAGUGAAGCUGCAUAAUUCACCGCAUCUGUGUCUCAACCCAAUCCGUCCUCCACCUUUUACCAGAACCUGGCAGAGCCGUGCUAACGUGCACGUGCAGUCUAUUCUUGUACAUAUGGUAGCACACACUCAUUCCAGCACACGUUCGGCGUAUCGAUAUGAGUCACUCAAACACAUUAAUGUGUCCUCCUCAUUUCACCAGCAGACUGUCAUGUGCAUCAGUCAGAGGUGUUCCAUGUAGCUCCACAUUUCUGCUUUGGCUCAGUGUUCACACACACACAGACAUACACACACACACUGGCACUGAAGCAGCAAACUGGGCUGAGCGUAAGGGGAGGAUGCAUGGUUGCCGUGGAGACACAGACCUAAUCACUUUUUUUUCUUUUUCUUUGAUUUGUUUUGUUUUGUUGCUGUUGUCAUCCUUACUGGAUACUUACUGUUGUAUUAUUUUAAAUACUUUUUUCUAUUAAAAAUAGAAAGCGCA